AUGGUUAAAAAUCCUCUGACACACCCUCUUUUUUCUUAUGUCAAUACAUCCAGAAGAUCAUAUUCGUCUUCAAAAUCAUUACCAGCUAUAUUAUCACUAUCAUCAGCAACAUUACCACCAUCACUAGCAAUAUUACCAUCAUUACCAGCAAUAUUACCACCAUCACCAGCAAUAUUACUACCAUCACCAGCAACAUUAUCAUAUUGGCAAUCAUCAUUAGCUUCAUUACUAUCACAAGCACCAUUGGCAUUAUUACCACUAUCACAAAUACUAUUAGCAUCGUUAUUGCAAGUAUUACUACAAAAUAAUUGGGCUUUUGGACCUUUUGGGCCCUUAGUUUUUCAUCUAUUUUCAAAGCCAUACCAAGCACAAUCACAGCCUAUUUCUUUACAACAUCAAGAAAAUCAAUCUUGCUCAAUUAAGUUACCAACCAUGGCUAAGUUUUUAAAAGAAAUAGACAAAAAAAAAGGAACAAAUGACUAUUAUCAGAAAUUUUUGGAUAAGUUUGAAAAGCAAAAG